AUAAAAUCCGGUUCCGGAUUGGAUAAAGGCUCUGUGGAUCGAGGUGAUCUGUCGAAAAUAGUCAUCACGCGAAAUCGAUCCGGUCGCAUUAUACGAUGCAAAGAUGACGAGGACUCAUUUGACUCUGAUCGACCAAAGCGUGAUGGAAGUUGGAAACGACCUCACGACGAUGAUAUGCAAGAAGGCAACAAACGAGGUAGGGUGGAACCGGAAGACUAUCGCGGCACUCGUCGGGUGUUCACGCCUCCUCGUCACGCACGUGAAGGUGAGCAUGGCUCGUUAACGGUAUACAAUAAUGAAAAUGACCUUCCAAUGACAUCUAAAAGCUUGCAAGAACGUCUUCAAGCUCGUAUUCGUGCAAUCGAACGACGUCAUCAACUGGAAGAGGGUAGCGCCCCUGCGGUUGAUGAUGGAACUAAUGGUGCUGUCCCUGUAGCAGAGAAAAGCCGUGAGAGUUCAUUUACCGGCGGAGUUCCCGAAGACUAUGCAGUUGGUGAUUCACCUCGAGGAGGUUAUCAGGGUCAGUGGCGUGGUCCGGGAGGCGGUCCAGUGAAUUACGAUCGUCGACCUGGAGGUUUUCAUCGUCCAGACUAUUAUGGCAACCGCGGAGGUUACUUUGGACGUGCACGUGGUCGAGGCCCCCGUUGGCGUGGGCAGUGGGAUGAUUAUCGUGGCCGAAGAGGGAAUUGUUUUGAUGAUCGGAGACGAGAGGGCCUUUCUGGUGCUUCAGGUGAUCGUAGUUUUGACCGUCGUCGUAAGCGGCAUGGACAGUCUGGUUCCGCUGAACGUUCCCCGCGUUCAUCUCGUUCGCGGUCCCGCUCACCUCCUUCACGCAGUCCCAGGUCACGAUCGAUGUCUCGCAGCAAUCGAUCUUCGUCUGCAUCACCGUCACCAAUACGACCGGCUAAUCGUCACAGAGUGAUUUCACGUGCGCGUAUCAGUACUCCACCUUUGGCACCUUUGACCAACGCAAAACGAUCAGACUCUGAUGAAAAUUUGGCGGAAUUGGACCAAUUCGUCGCACAGUUACGCGCCAAACGCCAAAUGGAACAACAAAUGCAACAACAACAACAGUAUCUGGCUCAGAUGCAGGAAAACCCCCCAGUUUAUCCUGGUCCACAGCAGUAUCCACCCGGUUUAUCACAGCCUGCGGAUGAGGAUCAACCGGUAGACACGCACAUGUCAGCGCGUGAUAUCCUAUCCAGUCCGAGCAACGAUAACUCCAAUCCGUCAUUCGACUACAGCCGGUCGUGUAACAUGAAGGACCAUACUGACGAUGAUGGUGUUAAUCAAAAUUCUGAUAGUGAACCACCGGUAGCUCGGUCACCGGAGCCCACCCAAGACCACUCACCAUAUGCCGAUGACGCAGAGGUCAAAACCGUCAGCCAACCCGUAAACAGCCCACAGCCUCCUGACUCCGGGGCAGGUGAGGCAGUGGAGAUUGGAGCUGAAUAA